GCUCUGAUUCUCCAGGCAAGCACUCAUCUUCUUUUGAUUGACAUUCGUCUUGCAUUGCGUCGAAUGCAGCAUACAACCUACGCUGUAAAAUGCUGGCCUAUUUCAUACGCCAACCGUGUAGGUGGAUGCAUGUAUUUUCUGCCUAGACAAGAUUGCGCGCGUGUGUUCUUCGGAAUUAGUUCUAGUUCAUUGUUGAGUAUAGUCUGCAAAUUCUAUGGGCAUGGUGCAUUUGGAUGCAUAAUUAAUGAACUAUUUCAUUUUGUUAAAAUUUCUUGGUUCCUGCUCUAAACCAUAUGUAUUUAUUGCACCUGCUGAUGUUGAGAUCCAUCUGCUAUAAUAUAGUUUACUUGGGUUCUUAGUUAUUUGUGUAAUUCAUGAAUGAUUGUUAAUGGUGCCGCCAACUCUUUUGUUUGUUACCGUAUUCUCAGCAAAAAAAUUCCUACCAACUGUUUUGUUUGUUAGCGCAUUCUUAGAAAAAAAUCCUUCUGAUUUUCUUAGUUUCUGAGCAAAAUUGGUUGCUGAACCCAUUAUAUUUAUCUCUCCCCUUGCUGAGUGUCAAUAUUCAGUUGCUUCCACAAAGGUAAUUAGUAAAGUACUAGUUGGUUCAUCUGCUAUAAUGUAUAGUUUACUUGAGUUCUUAGUUGCUGGCAUGGUUCGUGAAUGCUUGCUGGCUGUAGAUUUAACUCUGAACUCUGACGCUUGGAAACUUUGUCCUGUAAUGCGGAUUGAAAAAUCUUUGAUAUCUGCUGCUGUGCAUACUGCUUUGGAUUGCAGUAAGUUAGAGCAUGUUGAGAUCUCUGAUAUCUAGUUGGAUGCAUGCAUUUUUCCUAUUCAAUUGUACGUACUAGUAUAGAUUUUUGAGCACAAUCCCACUGUUGGUUUAUCUGAACUGAAUGCCUUCUUCAGAAAUUGUCUAGCUGAACAUAAGUUUUCUGAGCAAGUUUGAUCGUGCAUCCCACAGCAUGCAUCCUAUCUCAUACUGUGCAUCUCAUAUUCUCAUUGCAGCUAGCUCCUCAUCAUUGGCCAUGAUGUCGCAAUCGCAGAAGUGCUCGUGUGCUAACCGCAAUUGCUUCCAUGAGGGUUGUGCUUGUUUCACAAAGGAAGGGGUCUGCUCUAAGGACUGCAAGUGUCGUGGUAAGUGCGAGAACAUCUUGGAUAAUGAAGACACGAUCGCAGAGAAAUUUGCUGAACACACCAAGAACAAAGCUCCUGCCGCUCAAACGCUUCACUCGGGCUCUGUUGUGGCGGUCCUCGCGCCGGAUACCAGGGCUAAGCCAUUCCCAGCACGAAAACCAGGGUCUGCGCCACGGUGCAGCUGUCCCACCUCCAAGUGCGAAAACGGGAACUGCAGAUGUGUCAGGGCUGUCUUGCCUUGCUGUGACCGUUGCAAGUGCAAGGACUGCAGAAACCGGGAGAAGCUUCAGGAUCUAUUCCCGGGCAGCGGGAUCAAGGGAGAGGUUCCUGCUUCAGGUCCGACCACUCGUGGGGCGGCACAGGCUGCCAAGGAGUCUGCUGUGGGGUGUAAAUGCCAAACCAAAUGCGCCAGUCGCUGCGGUUGCGUGAAGCGUAACAUCAAGUGCUCCUCAAAGUGCAAGUGCAAAGUGUGCGGCAAUGACUACGGGAGCAGAUUUCCCAAUAAGUCCAAGGCUGGAGCAGGGGGUCAAGGGAGUAUUCGCAGCAGCAGUAGCGCCGUCGAAUCGACAGGCAAACGGCCAAAACGCGUUGUAAUGACAGUAGGCUUGAGACAUACUUACCAUCCUCAAGACAUACCAGAGCAUGAUGCAAGUCACCUUCCUUACUUACCAUCCUCAAGACAUACGAGAGGAUGAUGCAAGUCACCUUACAUACUUACCAUCCUCAAGACAUACCAGAGCAUGAUGCAAGUCACCUCCUGUUCAGAUAUCUCCCACUGUAAAGCACAGCCAGGUUCCUGUAGAUUCCUUGUAAUGGUUGGUUACUCGAAGCAAGCACGGCGAAAACUCCAUGAUCUGCGGUGUCGUUAGCCUCAGAACGUGGUCUUGAUCAGACGGAUAGAUACUAGAGAACAUACAUAUACAUACUCAUGUAGGAAUAUUUGCCGUCAUCGGUCGGCGUGCCUGGAAAGGGUUGGUUCAGCUACUUCUUAUGCAUACAAUACAUAGUUCCUGCAAAUGAUUUCUCUCUUAUAUACUUUAGGAAUGUUCCGAUGGUGUUUGAAACCCAAUGUAGUAUGGAUCUGAUCUGCAUAAACAAAGAUGCCUGGUGGCGUUAUGAUC